AUGACACUGCGUGACUAUCCAACAGACCCUAUCAAAACCCUUAUUGACUCUGGCGCCACCUCCAAUUUUAUUUCCCCCUCCUUAGUAGAACAACUCAAAAUCCCAAAAACCCUACUUGAAAAUCCACGAGUAGUUCAACUUGCGGUCUCGGCCAAUGGCCAUUCCCACAUUAUCCCUUUCCUUGUUUGCCCCAUAGGCAACACACCUGCAAUUCUAGGCAUGACAUGGCUGACUACAGAAUCUCCUCUAAUUGAUUGGCAACAGGGACUGGUCACCUUUCCCAAACAGGUGCAAAUUGCCUCCAAAGAGGAAGCAGACCCGGACCCCUUAGUAGACCUACCCCCUGUCCUAGACGUAUUUGGAGAAGAGGAGUUCAAAGUCCUACCUCCACACAGGGAAUACGACAUCUCCAUAGAUCUUGUCCCGGACGCCAAACUUUCCCCUGGCCCCAUCUACAGUAUGACGGAUGCGGAAUCUAAGGCGCUGAAGCAGCACAUUGAUGAGGAAUUGGCAACGGGCAAGAUUUGCCCCAGCACCUCAUCCGCCGGCGCCCCAGUCAUGUUUGUAAAAAAGGCAGAUGGCUUGCUAAGACUGGUAGUUGACUACAGGAAGCUAAAUGACGUCACGCACAAGAACGUUUACCUGCUUCCUAGGCAGGAUGACCUCAUGGCCAAACUCAGGCAUGCCAAAAUCUUCACCAAAUUGGACUUGCGCUGGGGAUACAAUAAUGUUUGGAUCAAGGAAGGCGAUGAAUGGAAAACGGCCUUCAGAACCAAAUAUGGCUUAUUCAAAUACUUAGUCAUGCCAUUUGGUCUCACAAACGCCCCUGCCGCUUUCCAACACUUCAUGAACAAUUUGUUCAGGGACCUGAUAGACGUGAAUGUAGUGAUCUACCUAGACAACAUCCUGAUCUUCUCAGACAAACCGGAAGAACAUCCAAACCACGUGAAAGAAGUCCUGUCCCGCCUAAUGAGGAACCAACUGUUCUGCAAGUUGUCUAAAUGCCACUUCCAUGUUACCACGGUCGACUAUCUAGGCAUUGUGAUCUCCCCUGCCGGAUUUUCCAUGGAUUGGAAGAAGGUCAAGGCCGUCAUGUCAUGGCCCACCCCCAGAACAGUCAAACAAGUCCAGGCCUUCUUAGGAUUUGUGAACUAUCUCUGUUGCUUCAUCCCCAAUUUCAGUUCUGUAGCGCGCCCCUUACACCAUCUUACAAAGAAGGAAACCCCUUGGUCAUGGGGUAAACCAGAGGAGGAUGCAUUCCAGGAACUGAAAACCCUUGUCACCCAGUCACCGGUCUUGGUCCACUCCAACCCUGAACUCCCUUACUAUCUGGAAACAGAUGCAUCCGGCGUAGCCAUGGGAGCAAUCCUUAGCCAAAGAGGGGAAGACAAUUGCUUACACCCGGUGGCUUACAUGUCUAAAUCUUUCUCCGGCGCCAAGGCUAAUUAUGACACCCACAAUAAGGAGCUCCUGGCCAUAAUAAAAGCAUUAGAAGAGUGGCGGAUUUUCCUGAGCAACUUCAACUUUGAGAUACACUAUUGCCCAGGAAAGCAGUCAGGAAAACCAGACGCCCUGUCCAGAAGGUUGGACUACACAGACAGCCCUCAGGAACCAGAAAUCAUGCUCCCAGCAGAGGUCUUUGCCAACACGUCAGAAGCGGAACUUGAAAUUGUCACAGAAAUCCAAGGAAAACUGAAGGAGGACCCCUCCCUGGAACCCAUCAUCCAGUUCCUGUCAGAAGACGCAGAUAACGCACCCCCGUCCAUCCGCAAGGCGUAUAGGGAAUAUGAUUGGGAGGAAGACCUACUCUGGUACUGA